AUGACGCGAUCGAUGAGAGGAUGCGUGCGUCUGAUCGCCGCAGCCAUCUACCUCGCGAUCCACUGCGAUGUGUAUGCCUAUAGGGACGUAAAAGGCGGUGGAAUUGGCGCCAAUGGAGCUGUUUCAGUUCCCGUGGGAGCUGCCGAUUACGCGAAACUCAAGUUUCUCGACGCAAUCAGCGGCACUAAAUCCGAAGAGGAAACUAAAAGCGCGGAAUGGAUCGAAACACCAGAAGGAAUGAUCGCAGCACCAAAAGGAGGAGACCAAGAGAACAAUCAAACUGAGGUUGCACCGGAAGGGGACAAUGUGCAGGCUGAUUCACUUGAGGCAGACUUGUCUGCACAGCCUCUUAGAGAUCAUGCGGCAGUCGGCAGUGGUGAAAACAUCGCAGUGCUCGAACGCAGUGUCGGCAUAAAGGGGUUCAUGGAGCCCUUUAUAAACAGCCUCAGCACCGACCUUCGCUACAUGUUACUCAAGCAAACAGGCACCAACUUCCUUCAUGUCUACCGGAAAUACGCUCUAAAGCUCGAAACCCUAGAGGCGCCAGUUUACCGGAAGAUGGUGAAACUGGUGGAGGAGAAAGCGGAUGCAAUCGGCUUUGUUGAUUUCAGCGAAAAAAGAAGGAACAACCUCAUGCCAGAGGUCAAUCAGGAGGCCAUGAAGGUGGCAGGAAUAACUUCGCUCCUUCAAAUUGGUACCGAGGUAGCCUUUCCCAAGUUGAAAAAGGCUGCGAAGUCAAAGAAAGAAAACAAUGUCACAAAGGUGGCAGAGGUCAAGGAACAACCGAAGACCGUCAAGGAGGAACCAAAGACGGUCAACGAACCUCAACCAUUACCGGUGUUCGAGCCGUGGAGAAAAAACACAGAGGUGCUUGAAGCGAUGCUUAUCAAAGUGCUGUUUUUAUUGGGAGGAGACAAGCAUACACUUGAUGUCUCCGAUAGGCUGCGCAACAUGGCGAGGGCACUAGGGUUCAGGAAAAAGGAAGAAUCUGAAAAGAAGGCUGAGAAGAGCUCAACAGCCAUGAACCUUGGGAUGGAGCUUUUCGCCGCCUGUGGGAACAAUCCUUUCCUGCUCGGUCAUCUGGCGACGAACAUGUUAGCGUAUACCCAGUACAAGCUCUUCUUUGAUGGUGAUCAGGGCAGGCCAUUCUACACGUGGUUGGAUCUUGUUAAGUCCGGGAACCUCGACAUGCUCGACAGAAUGUGUGGUACUAUACGGGGGCCCAAAUACAAGAGGGAUUCCAAUGGAGCAGUCACGGUCAACAAAAAUAGGAAACGCAAAGACGAUCCGCAGCUCAACGCGGAUGGUGUCUUUCUAUGCAACCUGCUGGAAGUGCUCCUAGUUUCGAUUGAUGCCUCUAUAGACGCCAUGGGGCAGUUGCUCAGCCAAUACGGUGUGCCGUAUGAGCACAGUGUCGGUGCUAUCGCGAACGGCAGACGUAUGCAGGCAUUCGUGUGCUCUGAUCCCAGGGAAUCGGCAAUUGUUGUCAGGUGUGACUUUAUGUCUAGCACGCUCAACUCAAGUAAAAUAUUCGAGGGCAAAUCCAAAUACGAGGGAGAAGAACUCUGGCAACGACUCCAAGAUGCGUUCGAUCUCUUUAAGCUCUUGAGUGACGUUAGCCUGGAUGGGGAAAUACCAACCACCUGGUUAAGGAUGAUUUCAGACCCUCGCAAGUAUGCAACCGUGUUCGAAUACGCAGUCAAAUUCGACAAUAGGAUGUUUGCAGGUAAAAAGAAAUCGUGGAUGUCGGAGUAUAAAAAGGUCGAAGAUAAAUUUAUUUCAUCGAACUAUAGCGGGAAUAUCGACCUUAACACAGCCAUGUCGUUGCUGAAAAGCGGAGGACAGAAGGCAAAAACAGGAACGGAUGAUUCACUCAAAAGGGCAUUACUCUAUAUGUCAGCUUCUGGAAUCAAAACGUGGGUGUCGGGCAAUCUUGAAGGUCUCCAGAAAAAUUUUGGUUUCUCGCCUUCCGUACUGUUGGCAGGGAACUUAGCGCCGUACUUCAGACAGGUUGCGCAAACCACCAGCGGUGGAUUGAGCCACAUCUUCUUGUACCACAUGCUUACCUCUCCGACUCCUGCCUAUCAUUUCCAAUCUGACCUCAGCAGUUUCAGAGGGGGCAACCUAUUGUACAACAUUGUAGAGUCGUCGAACAUGUUCAUACCCGCUAGUCUCAAGAGAGGAAUCAAAUGGUUGCUCAAAGGAGGACUGGCGAAGGAAUUCAGGCGCGAAAAGGCCAAACACACGUUGUUGCAACUGUUGCCGGUUGAAUUGCUGAGGAAGGCUGUAGGUGCCAUUACUUUCGUAACUCACUCGCUCGCCGAUAUGCAAAUUAAUCAGAACGCACCUAUUUGGGGACGCGGUAUGAUGUCGGCAAAGCAGAGAGAACACAAACAUUUCGUUAACGGGGGUUAUGUUAAUCAUGUCGACACAAUCAUCAAGGAAUGGUCAGACGAGGGCUACACGGAUGCUAUAGCUAAAAAGGUCCAGCAUGGAGAUGACCUCAACAAAGAAGAUCUGAAAAAUGCCGAUAUGCAUCACAUAGCGCAUUCAGAAUCUCUGAAGUGGGACAAAUACCUGAACGCACGCAUACUAGAAGGUUACAAUGCAUUCCUUGACAUGCCCUCCAUGAAGGUGCUUGAGGGAAAGCACUCACUGGUAUACGAAAUUGUGAAGGAUACCAGGGACAACCUCGAGCAAAACCUAGGCGAUACAGUGUUCUUUGGACGCGUGGUGCCACCGCCAGUUUACAACAACAAGUGGAAAAGGUUUUUGCAGAGGGCUAGCAAAGUGAAGAAGAUUGUGUUCCACAGGUCUCUGCAAAACGUCGAGCAUGCUGUUUGGUUUGGCAUCAAACUCAAUUAUAAGCACGUCGUGGAGGUGGUCGAGGAACUCAACAAAAUAUCAAACCUCAUAUCGUCCACAGAAUCGUACAACCUCCAGGAAGCGUUCGGCCAUAUCAUUGACGACGCUGUCGCCGUUGUUGCGAACGAAGAGUUCAGGCGGCCCAGUGGAACUCAGGAGAACUUUGGAAUACCCAGCGUCAACCCGUUGUACACGAGAAUGACUCCGGACGAAAGAAAGGUUGAAUUCCAGCAAGGUAUGUGCGGCCAGCACUGUGGAGCCAUCUGGAGGGCUCUAUUGGCGUUCACCAUGAACACCAUGCGGAGCCCAGCGUCGAUUAAGACGUUUGAAAAGUCGCUCAGUCAGAACAACACUCUCCAAGACAUGGAAAAACCGGAAUUUGUUAACUCAAUGAGGUUUAUUCUCAAGGGUGAUGCGAUGCUUCACAUGUACGACAGUAUGCUGCCGAAGAAAAUGAAGAACGAACUCAGGGCCAUAAAAUAUGGAAAGGCCUUCUACUUCGCAAACAUUAUGAAAGUGGCCUCUAAUGUGCUGGGCAUCCUGGGUUACAGGUACACGUCCAACAUGCUACGAAUACAGGCGCCCUACUUCGGCAACUUCGUUGUUCAGUGGGAUAGGGAGAGGGAAAAGUCGAGGUCGAAAGCCAUAUUUGCUUACCUGUCCAUAGGAACAAUGGCCGCGUACUCUGUCAUGCAGUGUGCGGAGAUCACGCAGCACGCAGCGGACGUUGGUCAGGGGCCAGUGGAGUCGUGCUUCAUGCUCAUCAAGCCUCCAAGGAUGCACUGUUUGCUCCAACCAGCCGAAACAAUUGUGAAGACGGCACUGUCCAUUGGGGUGCAGGAUGCCCUCUCCGUCACUGUCAUGGCGGUUAUAGGACCCUACUUCUUCUUGCCCAUGGCGGCGUACGCCUCGUGGCAGAUUCUCAAGCACCACUUCAAGGUCAUACACCGCUUAGAUAUCGCUCUGUCAAACACUUUCAAACGGAUGUGGAGCAAGAUCUCCGCCUCGUCUAUCGGUAAAAAACUCACUGCGUGGUUCAAGAAGCGCCGUGAGCAUCGCAAGGACAUCGAAUCCAAGGGAUUGUUAGCCAUGAAAAACCAGCAGCCCACCAACGAAGAAUCGGGCGCUGUUGCGGUGGCGGACGAGAUGCUUAAGUCGGACGACUACUUCUCGUACACUAGCUUCGGCUGA